AUGCUCUCUGCAGUCAGAUUUCCAUUUCUUGAAUCUUCUCUUCGAUUCUCAGCUGCCGCUUUCUCAACAGUACCUGAUUUUAAAGAUCCAAUCAAAGAUCAAGCCGAGGCAUUAGUGGCUCGAAAGGCAUCGGAAGCGAAGAAAGGAAGAGUUCAGAGUUGGAGAAAACCAAUCUACACGGCUCCCCAUCAACAUGUCUUUGAACAAACUCCGGAUUUUUCGUUUAAAGAUGGACGAACUAUUCAUGUUACUUCGCAAAAACAGCUAAACUACAAACUUGAUCAGAUUCGACUCGCUAAAAAAAUGGUGGCGCUAUUGAAGGAAACUGAAGACGUUGAAGAAGUAUACAAGAGAGAACAGGAAGCGAGAGAGCGCAGAGAAGCAGAGAAAAUUGCACGACGACCGAUUGCAAAGGGAAAUUUAAAUAUUAAUUGAUUUAAUUUCUGAAAAAAAUCGUAUCGUUCUUGUUGUAGUCGCAGUUCUUUUUUUCUAGAUUUUCUCUGUUUUCUGUUUUUUGUCAUUUGAACAUUUUCGAAUUAAACAAUUAUUUAAA